CUCCCCAAGAAACCACCCAAGUCUUUCACAUUCACCUCCAACCCUCUAAACCCGUCCAAAACCCUAGACCAGACAAGCAGCCGCCGUCCGUCCACCCCCGAGUGAGCCCUGAGCCAUGUCGCCGGCGUCCCUCGCCGCCUGGCUCCUCCGCCGCGCCACCGCAUCCUCCUCUCCACUCUCCGCCCUCACCCGCCGCUGCCUCUACUCGUCGGCGCCCGUUCCUCUCCCGCGCUGUCUCCCCGGAGCCGCCGCCGCCGCCUCCUCGUCGCACUGGACCGCCGCCCGCCGCUUCUUGGCGUCGCAGUCCUCGGCUUCAUCCUCAUCCUCCAAGGCCUCCGCGGACGAGAACCUGAGGCGGGUCAUCGACUCCGAGAUCGAGUGCGUCGUCCAGUCGGAGGAGAGCACCGCCGACAAGCACAUUGAUCUACCAGAUGACUUCCCUUUUGAGGUCAUCGACAAUCCUGGUGAUCAAUCCGUAACCCUCAAAAGAGAGUUUGCUGGGGAGACUAUUAAAGCUGCUGUCUACACCAACUUUGAUACAGAGGAAGAUUUGAAUGAAGAUGAUGAGAGUGACAAUGAUGAGGAGUCUUUCAAGCCAGCAAUUCAGAUGGUUGUCACUGUUAAGAAGCCAGAAGGCCCAAUCUUGGAGUUCGAUUGCAACUUUAAUGAUGAUGAACUGGCGAUUGAAAAUAUGAGGAUGCUGAACCGUGAUAAUCCUGAUGCUGAGAAUGCGUAUGAAGGACCACCAUUUUCGGUUUUGGACGAGAGCUUGCAGAAGGCCUUACACAGGUACCUUGAGGUGAGGGGGAUCAAGCACUCACUGCAUGACUGGCUGCACGAGUACAUGAUUAGCAAGGAUGAGAAGGAGUAUGUGGUUUGGUUGAAGAACAUGAAAGAGUUCAUCGGGAAUUGAGUCUCUCUGCUCCUUAGUUUACAUUUGUCAUAGGAACAGGACUGGCACUCAUCAAUUAAGGGUCUGUUUGUUUGG